UUAACAAAUGAUUAUGCCUAUAUGGCCAGCACUUUGAGUCUUUGAUUUGAUACACGCACAUAAGGCAGAAAUAGACAGAAACCCAAAGAAACAAAAAAGAAAAGUUCGCUUUCAUAUUUAAUAUAGUAGUUAUGCCUUUGAAGAUAGUUUUGAAAGAACAAAACCUCAUCUCUACAUAUAUAGCCACAACAGAAAAUACUUUCCUCAAAUUCAGCCCCCCAAAAAGGGUUCCAGAUUAAACUCGAGUGUAGUCAACUUCUUAAUUUUCACUCUACCUGUUGAAACAAUUUAUUUUUAUUUUAUUACGCAAAUUUUUGAUCUCUUUGCAUAAUCAAUGGGAAUCCAAAGUGAAUUCUUGUAUGCAAGUGCAGGCACUAGUGCAACUCCAAGUAUUUGCAGCAUAGAAGAGAGCAUGAGCUUCUAUAGUGCCCCAACUAGUCCCACAUCGGAAUUUUCAAGCACUGAGCCAACCACACCGAUAAGUACUGCUACUAAUAAUACUUAUUAUGAAGAUUGUCCCAACUUCAACCUUGAUGACUUUGAAUUUGAUACAAGUCUCCGUUUUAUUCAUUACAACGAUUUCGAACCGGAGACCCCGCCGGAACACGAUCCUUGGCGCGGAGAUUCCCUUCCCCAAAUGUCCUUUGCCGAUGAGCUCUUUUGUGAUGGCAAAGUUGUGCCCUUGGCUCCUCCUCCUCCACUAAAACUUCCGCCGCGCCUUUCCGGAAAAAAUUGCGGUGCACCCGUGUCACCGAGAACUCCCCGUUCGGUUCUGAAGCUUCCGGUUUCACGUCAGUGCUUGUGGAACGAUGAUUUUGAUCCCUUCAUGGCGGCUAUUGAGAACGUUAGGGAGGGGAUGAGAGGGAAAAAUCACAGGCGGGCUCGGUCGCUGUCCCCCUUAAAGGCCCGGCCCGGUGAAUCUGUGGGCUUGGAGGAUACUGAGGGGCCCAUUAUAAAAAAUGGUUUAAACUCAAUUGAACUGAGGCAGCCCAAUCGAUCAGCUUCUUUGAGAUGGACAUACCCACGAGAGAAGUCGCCAAUGAAAGAGACGGGCUUCCAGUCUAGUAAGGAACGACAGCCAUAUGGAUCGGCUUCACCGAAACGGGAGAGGAAAAGUUCGAAAGUUUUAGCUGAGCCCAAAGGAGUAACUAUCGCCAGACGAGUGAGAGAUGCUAAAAUGGACCCACGAAAGCCCACUGAGCCUAUUACAACACGAGCCCAACAGCCCACAGCGCAGACCGGGAACAGCACAUUAUUAAGGAUUGGAGAGACUUGCACAAGGGAAAUUAAGAGGCAAAAAAUAACGUGGCUUCCUUUUAAGGGUCCAUCCAAUAAAAAAGUGAUUGAUGAAGAAAACAAGGUAAAAGACCAAAAUGCAGGCCUGUUGUCUAAGGCAACCUUUUUGAGUAGAUUGAGCUUUAAAUCCACGAAAAAAGCUCAUUACAAUGAGGAUCAAAGGGCAAUGUCCCAAGCUGCCAAGAUGAGCAUUGUACAAUACAGGCCUAGGCUGUCACUUUGCUUGGGUUAUGGAUCAAAGUAUGUGGACUAAUCCCUAGGCCAGCCUUCUAAAGAAAAAGCCCAACUUCUAGGAAGUUGAAUGAAAAAUGUCAUGUAAGUUUUAUUCAAUUGGGCGAAAUAGUGUUUUUAUUUUGAUGAUUUUAGGUAAGAAAAAGGUCAGGUAUUGGCGGUGGGUUGUGUAUGUGUUUCUUUUUUUCUUCUUCUUUGGAAAUGAAUGUAUAGGAGGCCCAGUUUUAAGUGGUGCAUUUAUCCCAUGUUUGAAUUAUUUGUGGAUAAUAAGACUUCGAAAUGGCCCAAAAUUUUCUGUAGA